CUCGCGCACUCUUCAAAUCAGUGUUGCGCCAAGCGGCUCGCCGUACAGACGUGUGUUAUAUUAAUUAACUUAACAAAUAGUGAUAUCGUGUGGUGCAGUGCGGUGUUGUGUAUAUUUGGAUAUUAUUUAAAUCACAGACAACAAUGUGCCUAUAAUCAAAAAUGGCGUCAAUAUACCAAAGAAUCGUAUUACUAUUAUUCAUAAGCAAAUGCAUAUGCGACGAAAGUCAAAACGAAAUAGACUUAAUAACCGAAACUCAAGAAGAAGCGGCAGAGAAAAUUCCAGAAACCGAAGACUUUUUGAACACAACAGAAGCUUAUAAUGUGACCGAAGAGCUACCAGAAGCACUGGGACUUAGGAAUGAAGACGAGAGAAGUGAGGAAGUGACUAUAUCAGACACUACUGAAGGUUUAGAAGAGAACACGCUGUCGAGCGCUGAGAAUUUUUACAAAGACGAUGAGGUCUUCACAAGUCCCAGCACUGUUGAGAUGAGAACUGAAAGCACCACACCGCCUUCCACCACCAGAGCUAUGGACGAGGAGGAACCUCCGAAUGUCAGAACAGAAUCUGAUGAAGAUCUGGAAACUGGUGGACAAAGGAAUCCGAAGACAGACGGCUCGGAUCCCUCGCAAUCGGAGAUCAGGAACUUCGAUCCGAAACCUCUCCCACCGCCUACCAGCAAGAGCUCGACCCUCAGGAGUUGGUUAGAAGACUCCUGGCUGCGGCCGCCUGCCGCUGUGCUGGUGCCGCUGCGACCCAUGGCGCUGAACAGAGCCUUGGCUGUGUGGAAAGACCUGACUGUCGAAGGGUUGAAUCUCACUGAUAUUGUUAUUGUGGGAUACGAUUCUAAUGGAGUUAACUGGAGAUCCAGGCAUAAUUUGCAACCGAACACAGGAAUAAAAGACCGCGACGUUCCGGAGGCGUUGUCAAAACUACUAUUAAAAUAUCAAGGCGUGCACUCAGACUCCGCCAGCGACGGCACCAUGAGAGCAUUGGCGUCUGCAGCCAAGCUGGUGCCUUACGACAGCGCACUCUUCGUGGUCACCGAUAAAGGUCCUGGAGACCUGCAGAGGCUGCCGCUGGCGCUGAGGACUUUGGUCGAGAAGCGGCUUAAGGUCUACACCAUCUGGACUGAUCCUUCACAUCCUUCGUCGGAGUCAGAGAGAGCCCUUGAAGGUCUGAGGAGUAUAUCACAGCAUACAGAAGGUGAAGUGCUUCCUUACUCCAUUCAAGUCAUGGACGUCGACGGAGCCAGUAACUUCGCGUCAGAGUCGGAAAUGCACUGGCAACCGCUUGUGAUGAGCAGGCAGGGGAGAGUUAACAACGACUUCGAAGAUAGAUUUGAUACGUUGUUGGUACGCCGCGGCGGUGGCGAGGCGAUAUCCCUGGGCCUUCCAGUGGAGACAGGAGUGACUGCACUCAGGAUAUACAUCGAGGGGGCUGUGGAGCACGCUGUGCUGUACCCGCCUAAUGACGCCCCGCAAAUAGACCUGUACAACUCCUCAUCAGUGGAGGCGUUCUCACCAGCGUCCAGGACUGAGGGUCUGACUCCGAGGGACGUGUACCUUCUGUUCCCAGGCACCACGUUCGACGAGGACUCACUCUCAGUGAUACCGGCCAAUCCGAAGAACGAAGAGACGCACUCCGGUCUGGUCGGAGUGUGGCACUUCAGCGUUCGCUGUGACACGUGCGAUUACCGGCUCUGCAUCACCGCGCGGGGGCAGAUCCACCUGGACGUGGCCUCCAAUGGUGCAGAUGCUUUGAAGCUCCGAGUGACCGGUCCAGUGGCGAGCGUGAGGGAGUCACUGCUUGUGGACGAAUAUGGCACCGAGCUGGCCAAAUUAUCCUUCAGUUACCAGCCACUAGCCGGUGAAGGCCAGAGCGACAGAAUCGACCCGUCCACAGAGCUGGUGGCAGACGUCGAGCUUCCACCAGUCAAGGGCUCCAAGGUCUACGUCAAGAUCUUCGGAAGGGACUAUAGAGGAGAACCCUUCAUCCGUCUAUUCGGCCCGUUGCAGCAGCCAGAGGUCAGGCUAGGGAGAUCAGCCUCCGUAGUCUUCCAAGACUCCACUAACGACCUGGAGAGAGUCGAGGAGGAGAACUCCAAGGUCUACUUCCAGAGGUUGAAUGACAGUGAAAUGAUGAGCAGAGCUGUUGCACAGGUGGUGAACCAGCGAGGAGUCAUCCUUACCGCCGUCCAGAUCGGUUUGAGCACUAGGCUCUAUGGAUCACCAGGAGAUAGGCUUCAGUUGAAUUUCGAAGUCACGAACAACAGGGAGCAAUCAGUACGGUUCACAUUCGGCGCAGUCGGUGAAUUGAGAUUCCUAACCGGGAUCAGUCCAUAUUCGCAAACAAUAUUAUCAGGUCAAACUGUCAACGUGGUCGUAACAGCUACCAUACCGACCACCGCUCAACCAGGCGUACGAGACCUGGUCACCUUCACCGCUUAUGCCCCGAACUCCGAACAAGUCUCCAUCUCAGCAUACAUCUACGUGGUGGCAUCAGACAACGUCGUGCGAGACACUUGGGCGCCUGAAGUCAGACACAACUUCCAAGGCAGCUGCAUUGGAAGGAUGGGGGAUGACUGCUCGCAGCAUGCGUGGUCUGCUGUUGUCGUUGUUAGAGAUUCAGGAGCAGGCCUUCUCCGCAUCACAUCGUCACCAGCCGGGUUGACCUACAACAAUGACUUCAUCUCCGGCACCAGGGACGAGGUGGUGGCUUCGUAUAGAGCCACGUGCUGCGCUCCGAGGAUGCUGGUCAAUGCUGUGGACGCCUACGGGAAUACUAAUAGCUAUGUCGUCGACAUAUCCAAUUAUUAUACGGAAGCCAUGAUAGCUGCCAUUGUCCUGGGAGUCAUUCUAGCAAUAGCCCUCAUAGCUCUGAUCAUCUUCUUGAUAUGUCUAUGCGUGAGGAGAAGGAAGGAGUCGAGAGAACUACCCUCGUUCAGUACAUCGAGGAAUGUUAGUUAGGUAAAAUAUAUUAUAGCGCCAUCUAGUAGCGGACGGUGGCACUAAAUAAUAACUUUUACUAUAAAAUUUUGUGAGUAUGCAAUGCCAUGUUAUUUAUAAUUGCAAAAUUUAUAAAAAAUUAUAAUCUAACAAAGGAGAUAUUUCUUUGAAAUAUGUAUACUAACGCCAUCUAGCGUGCACACGGAAAACAACUUCAUUCGUACAUAGAAACGUUUGCAAGAUUUUUUUUUUUAUUUUAUAUUAGUAAUUCCUUUCACUAUGUAUUUAUGGAAUGUUGAACAACAAAGUGCUGCAAUCUGUCGCUCCGAACGAAAACCACGACAUGACGUCAUAAAAAUGUAAACAAAAAUGUGAUUUUUAAAUAUUUUAAUGUUACCCUUAGUUUUUAAUUAGUUUUAAGACCAUAAAUUAUAAGUUAAGUAUGAGGCAACUAACUUAAAUAUUUAAUAAGAAAAAAUAUUUUAACACGCAAAUCAUUAUUUCAAAAGAACGAAUUGAAAUUUUGAAAGUAUAACCACACCUUUAGAAUUUUGGUAAUAUUGUAUUAUUUACAAUUUAUUACACUACUGGCACCGUACCUGAUCUAUGUACCGAGUUCUUGGUUCUAUUUCCAGGCCAAAACUAUUUAAAAAAAAAUACACACAAAAUUAUUGUUUGAAAUUUCUAGACAUCAUGAUAAGUUUAAAUUAAAAUGUGGAAAAUAUGUGAAAAAAUUAUGAAAGAAAAGUGGAGGUAACAAAAAUUUUAUGUGAUGUUAUAAUUAUAAUUUUUCGCCAUUUUUAAGUUACACUGUGGGUCGUAAUUUGUAUUUAAAUUAUUUGUUGUUUCUAUUCCCAAACUUAUUUAUAAUAAUAAAAAAAAAUACUUAGUCCUUUGCCUUCUCCUUAAGGAGUAAAUAAAACCAAAAAAAAAAGUAGUUAGUAUCAAAAUUCACAAGAUUAAAAAUAUUAAAUUGACAUAUCAAAGUGGCUUCACUCGCAUGAAAAAGCAUUUUUGAGAUAAAAGUCCCGCUGUAUAUUAUCCCGGGAUAAAAAGCAGCCUAUCGCAUCAUUAAAGCUAAAGUGACCUAACUCAUUAUUUACAUGUUUUCUUAUUUUGUUAAAAAAGAACCUUUCAAAGCAUGCUCUAUAACCCUAUGACGAAAAAAAGACAAAUUUAUAGAAUAGAAACAGAUUCUCACUUCCGAUGACCGCCCAAUUCACUGCCUUCUAUAUUGUUUUCAAAUCUUUUUUAUUGGUUUCCUUCAAAUCGUCAUUUUUGAUUUAGAUCACCUUGUUCUAAGAUUGUGAUAUGUCCUUCCCAAACUAUCUUCAUACCAAAUAUCAUCGAAAUCGAUUAGGUAGUUUGGAGUUUAUCGCGUCCAGAGAGACAUACUCAGCGGGAGACUUUCUUUUGUAAUAUCUAACUAACAGGAAUUUAAAUAUAAAAUAUGGAGGGAAGCUAGUUGUGGUAUAAUAGAACCUGAUACUUGCUAGUGAAAUAUUUAGAUUGUUUUUACAUUUAAAAAAACUAUAAUAAUCAAACAUAGUUGCGUACCUGCCAACAGCAGGAAAAGGCAUGAGCAUUGACUUAUAUUGUAUAGACACAAACAUCCAUAUAAACUAUUUGUUCAAAAUCUGAACUAAAAUGACAACCACAAGCCCAAGUCAGUUUGAAUGGAUUGCAGUUCAAUUCAGCUGAACACUGAAUGUUCGAAACGCCAAAUUUAGUACGUAGUACAUAAUAUAAUACAUUGAUUGGCAUGAGUUUAUUUUUUCACACUAUACGACAAUAAAAGUUAAAUUAACUUAUAAUUCAAAUUACACUUUACGAACCAUCAAAUAUUUUUUUAUCAUAAUUAAGUAUUUAUUAGAUUGUAAAAUAACAGUAAUUAUAGAUUUUACAGUUGACAGUUUGAAUUUAGAUUUAAAUUACUGUAAAUGCUAGUUUAUAUACCCUCGACAUAGUAAAGAAGUAAUAUUUCCAAAACCCUUGGUGAUUGAGCUGAUAAAAUAACAGAGCUCUAAGUCCAUAAGCAUGAUAGUAAAUAUUUUUAUCAGACUGAAUUGAGGAUUAGAGUGGUGUAGGGGGGAUGGGAGGAAAAAAGCAACCAUAACCCACUAUUAUCAAAAAUCUCAAAACAAAUCAAAAUAGCGAUAAAUACGAAAAGUACCAAAUUACGUUCCGGUUCACGCAUACGCGACUGUUUUCGUAGGAAAUUGUAAAAUGUUUGAAAAUGUAUGAUAAAUAUUUAGCGGCAUUCCUGCAGCAAAACUCCUAUUUCCAGUAAAAGUUCAUAUCAUUUUCCUAGCAUUUCGAUUAUAGAAGCAAAAAUCAAUCAGAAUUUUCAAAAUUGAAACAGUAAUUAUAAUUGAGUGAUGAAGUGGUCAAAUAAUAGUCGUGACUGGAUUUUUUUCAUCAUAAAAAUUACUCAAUAGUCGCUUGAAGUCUGAAAGUAGGUAUUAUGAUACCCCCAUGCCUAUGAAAGUACGUAAAGGUGUUUGUCUUGCAUCUGAUCUUUCUCUGAUUCUGUUGAAUUGCCGUAUCACCAGACUAUGAGAUUGAAGGAAUAGAGAGUGCAACUGUGCACUAUGUACAUACCUCGAGCUUACCAGGUUAGUCUCGGUUGAAAUUGGCCGCCGUGGCCGAAAUUCGGCUAGGAGAAAAUCAUAUAAUUUUUAUUAAACAAAAAACUUUGAAACCUCAGUGAUAAUUGAUAAAGA